AUGAGUUCCUUGUCUUCGGGACGUGACGCCUCGCACUCCGACACAUCAAGAGAGCUCAAGGAAGACCGGUUGACCUUCACUGACUCAGAAUCAAAGAUUAGCAGGCGCUGGGACAAUCCCAAAGCGUUGCCUUCCACGAGUUCCGCAACACACCAAGCACGCCCAAAAAUCCCAAAAUGCUUGUCCACAACGAUGACGUGUUGGAAGUCUGGAUUCUUGUCUUUAAUGCAAGCCAUCAUAUCUGCAAAUUUGUUCAUUUCCGAUAAGGGCCCUUCGGAUAUUUUUCGAGGGCGCACGGGCAUCCUCGGCAGAUUGAACGAUGCUGGUUGA